AGAUGGGGCUUUGACUUCUGUUGCCCAGAAGAGGGAGCUACGUAGCAAGAGCCCUUCUAAUAACACUCUGCAUAGAGAUGCACCUCAAGGAAUCUGUGUAUCCGAGAAAGAGCAAAGGAGGCUAGUACAGGGCAAAGGAUCCUCUAUAAUAAAAUUCUGGAAAUCAUUGAAAGAAACUAUGGGUUUGUAUGAUGUGGCUUAUGGUAAAGCCAUGCCAGAGAACAUACUGCAGCACAAUGGGAUUUCACAGAGUUCCUGGGAAAGUAGAGGUGUGCUCUGUAACCCUCAUGAGGGUGGAGACUGCAUUGCAUAUACAGAUGAACACAGAGCUGUCCAGUCAGAGCAGUGUCUUGAUGUUGUAAGACAUGAGAUGUUUAAGUCAGGAUCUAUCAUGGAGAUGAACUUGGGUGAAGAAAAGAAGGGAUAUGCAGCUGUUUCCCAAAACCCACCACCUCCACCUGGCAGGGAUGAGAUCCAGAAUAGCCUGAACUCAAAACUGUACCCGUCUCCUGGAGACAUCAACAAGCUGCAUCAGGAAGGGCCACCCUGUGCCAGCAUGGAAGCAGUAAAAGACCCGAGCCUACAUUCAGCAUCUCAGGAGCUCCUUACUGCAGGGGAAAGCAUGCCAGAGAACAGUCGUGGGAGCCAUGGCUCCCCUGAGAAUGUGCGUGGAGAGGAAGAGGUAGAGAGCAAUAGCUACCCUGAGGGGGGUGUUCCAUCCGCUACCUGGUUGGCCCAGUUCAACAAAGUAGGUCAGGCCACCCAAUGCGAUAUGAGUUGGUGGUAUGAGGUACAGUCUGAGAAUUCCCCUGAGUCUUCACCAGGAAGUGGGAGAAAGGGAGCAGAGCAGCUGUCAGUGGGGAGCAGGAACCAGGAUGAAGUUGGUGAGGUAGAGAACAAUGGCUGCGAGGGGCGCGUUCCCUCCCCUACCUGGUCGGCCCAGUUUACCAAAGUAGAAGAGGGCAUCCAGUGCGACAUGAGUUGGUAUGAAGCACAGGUAGAGAAAUCCCCCCAGCAAAUGCCCUGCAGAGAUGAAGGGGCCUCACCAGACUGCAAAACCAAAGGGUCAUGGAGAAAGCCAGUCACAAAUAGGGAAUUAAGUGCAGACAAAGAUGAAGUGAUGGUGAAUGAUGAGAUUGGGGAGGUGCAUAAAGAGAACUUGAAAAGGUGUGCGGAGACUAGAAAGACUGUGAAGGGCAGGAAGCUGAAAGACCUGAGCAGCGCCUCAAAUGUUAAGACAGCCUAUUUGCUGCAGAAAAGCGCUGCCUUGACCAUCGUGCUUCCUGAGGAUUCAGAAGACUCUGAGUUGGAAGCUGAAGAUGGAAUGCAUGAGGCAGAAUGCCUCCUUGAAGAAGUGAGUCCACAGGGCCCUCUGACAUCUUCCAAAGGAAGGUCUUAUCUGAAGGCUGGAAGGAUAAUCAGGAUGCCACCUGAGUGCUCUGUCCCUCCCCAACUUAUGGUUUGGCCCACCAGAAAUAAGUACAGGUUAUUACAAGCUGGUGGUGAAUAUGAGCACUUAGUCCCUGUGGUUUACCAGUUGAAACGACAGGAUGGCUGUGAAAGUACUGGUGUCACCCUCCGAAGAAAACACACUAUGCCCAAGCCAGAGGGACUGGAGUCCAGGAGAGCCUCUCACAAACCAUUGGAAUGUAAGUGACUAGUGGGUUCAUCCUAUCUGGUUGUCUGUGGCGGUUCCAUACCAAGUCCUGGAUGCAAAGGCAGCUGUGAAUCAAUAGCAUUUCUCUGUUUUGAAAGUAUGUUGUCACUUAAGCUGUAGGUACCCAUAUUCAUAGGAUUUGCAAAGAAAAUCCCAAGUUAGAAUUCCUGCAUUCUAGGAAACUGCAAUGUAAUUUGAAACAAAGUGCUAUAGUAGAUUAUAAAGAUUUGGAUGGUGGCGGUAAGGAGAGUUGGGCUGAGAUAGUCAGGAGGACAUCAGUCUAGCUGGAUUGCUGAGAAUGGGCAGUCUAUGUGGAGGCAGAGAAUUUCGACACAGUUUUAGGUUCUGUGGUUCGGAGACAAAAGAGCAAGUUUGGAGUGGGAAUGGAGACAGUAGCGUGAGCUCAAAUGGGCAGCCCUGGCAGGAUUCCUCUCGAGACCAUCCUGCCAGAGGGAAGGCUUGUGAGGAAUUGGGAAAUAGACCAAGGAGAAUGGGGUAAACUAGUAGUGUUUUUCUUCACUUAUAGAUUUUUAUCCUGUAGGCAAUAAGGGGCUAAUCCAGGUUGAGUAGAGAAAUGAGACAAAUGUGCCGUAGGAAUUUCAACCAGCAGUAUUUUAUAGGAGAAAUUAGAGUGAAGAGUGCCUAUAUGGCUGAAAACCAUUUUGUUUGUUUUAAUUUUAUUUUUUGGCUCUGUGGUAUGUGGGAUCUUAGUUCCCCGAUCAGGAAUUGAACCCAGGCCCCCUGCAUUGGAAGGUGGAAUCUUAACCACUGGACCGCCGGGGAAGUCCCCCCAAACCAGUUUUAUUCAACAAAAAGUGUUGUACUGGGUUGGCCAAAAAGUACCAUAACAUCUUACAGAAAACCCGAACGAACUUUUUGGCAACCCAAUAAAUCAACAAAGUGGUGAGGGUCCUGACUCACAUGGGAGUAUGAGAUAGAGACAUGUAUUUAUGAAAAUGAUUCUGUACUCUAGUAAAUCUUUUUCCACAUGGACUAAUUUGUAUCUCUUCACAGUCAUACUCUACACGAUCUGUAUAGAGUGCAUCAAACUUAGAGGUGUGACCUUAAAUUUAACUUUUUUAAAAAAACCAGGAGGUCAAUAAAAUUUAAACUGCUUAACAACUAUGUAUACAAAAAAAAAAAAGAGAUAGAGACAUCUGAGAGGACUAAUGCAAUUGAAUCUUUAAGAAAGGGCUGGAGUUUGAACUUGAGUACAUCCAAAAAAAUGGUAACAUCCAUGGAACAGAGUUAACUUGGGAAGAGAAGUUGUUUUGCUUUGCUGUGUGGGUUAUGGUGGGAGGGGCAUAAAGUGGUGAGAUUGAGGGACUGGACUAGCAGCCUCCCCACACCUGGUUGAAACUUGAGUUUGGACCAUCCUGUGACUGGCGGGGGCACAGCUGACAGGAGUGGGGAGGGUGGGCGGGCCCAAAGGAGAGCUUUUGGAGAUGAUUACCUCUGGGGUACAAAGAAUGAAGCAAAGCAGGUAAGUGAAGAAUGGGAUGCAUAAGAGCCCCAGGGAAGUUUAAAUAAGUUCCAGUCUUAGUCCCAGAACCUUUAGACUUGACAUAUUUAUGCCUACCACUUCCACUGAAAAGUUGGGGUAUUGUCACAUCUUAACUCUUGGCUGUUGUCAUGACUUCGUUUCAUGCUCAGUAAUUUGGAAGGGGUUUUUAAAAAUAGGGUGACUUUACAAUAUGAGCAGAGUUUUUUGGCUUUGGUAUGUUUAGUCCCUGCUUAUAAAAGAUGGCAAGAGAGACUGUUCUGGACCACUGUGCUUAGAGACCCCUCAUACAUAAGAAAGAAGCGCUGUGUAAGCUCCAUAAUGAAUGGGACCAUUCCAGAUGUGUGUGAGCCCUAGAUCACGAUGUCUAACAUUGUAAAAUGAAUAAACUAAAACACCGGCAACUUUACCUUUAGCCUUCUCAAAGUCUUAUCUGCUUCUGAAUUCCCAUGUCAUUUCCCAUCAGAGCGUGUAUGAAUCUUCUAUUUUGGGUAAUAACAUUGGUUAUAAAUUUACUCCCUCUCCCCCUUCUUAAUAUUGUAGUUGAGUAGUUUUUAGCACUUUUCUUCUUUGGCCAUGUCUGAAAGAAAGUCUGGGGAAUUCCCUGGUGGUCCAGUGGUUAGGACUCCUUGCUUUCAGUGCCGAGGGCCAGGGUUUGAUCCCUAAUCGGGGAACUAAGAUCCUGCAAGCCGCACGGUGCAGCCGGAAAAAAAAAAGUCUGACCGAGUCGUCCUGUGAAGAUAGUGGGAACUUCAGUUUACUCCAGGUCACACAGUCAAGAUUUUAAUUUCCAGGCUGAAGUCUCUCUUCUAUAAAUUGUCUGUUAUUAUUUUUGCCAAUGAUAUUUUUUGCUGCCAAGAACUACAGAAUGAUAUAGAAUAGUAUCAUGAAAAACAGGUCAAUUUCUUGAAAGAUGUGUUUUUGAUUUAUUUUUUCCUUUUGGUUUUUAAGCAAUUUGGAUUAUUUAAUGUAUGAAUCACUUCUUCCCUCAGGUAACUGUGAGAGAUCAAAAACCAAGUUCCCCUACAAAGUAACAGAGAUUCGAGGCAGAUGCUAUAAAGUUUAGGAAAUACCCAGCAGCUCUAGAGGAAAUAAAUUGCUGAGUUCCAGCUUCAAGGAAGAGCUAAAUAUUGCAUCAUAUAUCUCUCUUGACUGAACUAUUAAAGCAUUGUAUCAAAAAACAAGAAAAUGUGACAUUGUAAAGCCUUUGGAAAUAUAAGUUGUAAAACAGCAAAUAAAUUGAAUUGCACAAGUGUGUGAUUCUUAAGCAUUUUCUUCUCUCAUAGUGGCCACAUCACUCAUGACAGCACCAUCUGUCAUGAAUAGUUUUGUCUUGUAAUCUCCAAGGACCUUUAGAUAAGGAGAAAAGGAUGGUGGAUUUGAGGACAAAAUAAAAAGAUUAAGCAUUCCCCACAAAGAGGAACCAUCUUGAAGACGGAAAGGAUGCCAACUCAUUGUUUAUAAAUGGAGGCCAGGAACAUAGUAGGUCCACUGAUGGAUAUUUCCAGUGGUGGCCUGUAGAAUCAUAUGUUUUAUGCUUUCAACUAGUGUAGACUCCUUAGGAAUAAAGGAAGCUUUAGGAAACAAAAGAUCUUUAUACUAAGAACCUAGGACCUAGGUGGUCAAUUUGUAGAACCAAUCUCCCAAUAAAUGGUGCAGGUUAGGUCUGUGACUAUGUGCUAAAAAGAUUUUUAUGUGAUUGGAGGCUCUCCCACGGUUAUUUGAAAGAACAGAGCAUAUGUGAGAGGAUGGGGGUGCCUCCAAGAAAGGCUUUCUGGGUGACAGUAUGGACAGUAUUUUGAUACAUAUCAAUGUGUCCACUCAAUGCUGCUUCUAAGUAACCCUGUGAUGAAAAUGUCCUAUAGAAAAAUGUCCUUUAACUCCCUCUAUUAACCAAGUAUCCCUCAAAAUGGAUUAAGGAGAUGGUAAAAAGUGAUUAAGCACUACAUUUUUUUAGAUGAGAAGCAAAAGAUGAUAGUGUUUCCAAGGCUGGUCUUAUGAGACCUAUGACUUUAUUUAACCCCUUCUUAAAGAUUUUGUUUAGAUACUCCAGGAAAACACCUCUCACUCCUAUCCCCACCCGAGGCUGGAUUAUGUGACACUCCUAUGUGUUCUAGUAGCACCUGUGUCUUAACUUUCAUAGCCCAUUUCAUGACAUGACAGAUGAGACUUGUGACAUUCUUACCCUCAUCAAAGGAGACCAUGUAUUCAUUCCUUAGGGCCAUGGAUUAGUGUAGCCAAUGCAGUAUCCCCAUGGAAGAGUAUAGAUCCUGGGACAUCAUAUAUAUUCAGGUAUUUGUGAAUGAAUGGCUUAGUGUUAAUUAGAUUAACAAAUUGGGCCUUGUGGGUUGGACCCUAGAAGGUGGGGAAACUGAUAAUGCCAGUAUAUGGAAGAGGAAGCACAAAGACAGAGGAGAGUACCAAUGAACACUUUCCUGUUCCGUAAUCCUUCCCAGUCUCGCCUUUACCCUAGAGGGGAGAUGAAAAGCUAAGUAUAAAUUUGGAAAAUGGAGUCUGAAAUGAACGAUAAUUCCUGACCACACCUACCCUUCUUCUUCCCUGCCAUCUUACCUCUGUGGCAGGUUGAGUUCCUUAGGACCAGACUCUGAGAUGGAGAUUUGGGUGCAAGAAAUUUAAUGGGGAAUGCUUUAGGGAAUAACAUCUCUGAGGGGACAAAGCAUGAUUAAGCAGGAGUUUGGGUGUGAUGCAGGCACAACAAAGGCCUUGGCCAAUCCCACUGAGAGCUCAUGAGCUGUAAUGACCCUGCAGAAUUGUCCCAGUUGGGGCAAGAGGCUACAUCUUACACCCCUGCAUAGACCAGUCACUGUGAUGCAGGAUGCCCCUGGAAAUGAGGCGUGGCCUUGGAUAGCGCAGCUCUCUUCAAGCAAGAACAACCAAUCCCUGGAAAGUGGAGGUCAUUUGCAACUGUUACCUGAAGUCAGCUGUUAACCAGCAGUUGGGAGAAUAAAUACUUCAGUCCUGAAGUCAGGUGUAGGGGUUAGGAGGCAAAUACAAGUGGCACAAUACAGCAUCCACUAUAACUUCCAAAUCAUGUUCCAAAUGGAAAAUGUAACCAUACUUUUAAUAAAUUCCCAUUGAACACCACCAUGCGUGACACAUUGUGUUAGAAGGUGAGACUACAACAUGAAACGAGAUGGUCUCUGCCCUCACGAAUUUUCCAGAUGUGGGCAGGAACUAAUUACCACAAAUGUAGUAGCUUAAAGCA